GUAGUCUACCCACGACCAGGACGGACGGACGGAGAGUGCGCAGACUUCAGCUCCCAACAACCUCUGCUUGCCGAUCAAAACAAAAACAACUACAGCCGCCCUUUAACGAAGAGGCUUUUUACAAUUAUUCUGGCGCAACAUGACAUUUCUGGUUGUAUUUUGCCGCAGAGCCAGUCGAGCGGUGUUGCUCAAAGAGGGGCUCGGCGUGACUAGUCACUGCUUUCUCCGUGCAGUGGCCCGAAGGCCUGUGUCAGCUACUCGAAGCCUCAGCUCCAAACAGAAAGGCACGGUGCUAAAACGCUGGACUUUACUGGUGGAUCCUUUCAGCUCUUUAAAGGUCCGCCUGCCCUGCGAUGUGUCCGUGAAGGCGCUGGAUCCGCACGGUUAUCCGGAUGCUGAUCGCGUUUUUGUGGAGCUUCUUUCCCCCAACCAAGCUGAAAACGUGGACGAUGUUCAGGUGCAGUACGACAAGGCUCUGAAACAGAUGGUGGUGGCUUCAGAGAACGUCAGUGGUGAUGCUCGUAUUGUUUUGGUAACUCCGGUAAAGUUUGAUCUCGAUAUUAGCACAUUCAAUAAAGGAUGCGUUAAAAUAAAACAAAUGGAGAGUGAUAUCUGCUAUGUGGAAACUGAGAGAGGGCACAGUAUCUUGAAUUCAUUAAAGGCCCAUAAAGUCAAAGUGCAAAGCAGAGGUGGAAAUGUGAUCUGUCUAGGAACAAUCCAUGGAAAUGUAGAUAUUCAGACCUCUAAUAAAGGUGUUGUGGAAAUUGACAAACUUCAAGGAACAACCAUGAAUAUUUCCACUACCAACGGUACAUUAAAAACAAAGUACAUUUAUGCCAAGUCUUCACAUCUGUCUUCUUCCAUUGGGAAUAUUGAACUUGGAAACAUUCAUGGUAGUGUUACUAUUCAGACGGAAGCAGGUGCUGUUACAAUAGAUUCCUCUGAUGGCAAUCUAAACGCUACUACACAACAAGGUGAUUUGGAUGUUUACGUCAGUCAACUGGGAAUUGUGAAUCUGCUAACUCAAGAAGUUGCCUUUCUUAUCACAGGAUCUAUCACACUAAAAGUACCCAAAGCCCUAAGAGCUAAACUCCAAUUAUCAGGGUCUGUGGUAGAAAUCAGUCCUGAGCUUCAAAUGCAGGAGAUUAGCAGCAGCACAGAACAAGGUCACCAAACUGUUCAAGGUUUUCUGAAUGGUAAAGGGGAAGGUGCGCAUUUAAUCGAGGCUCACACAAUGCGUGGAAUGCUGAACAUAAAAAGUCAAAGUUGGAUUGAAUCUCUUAAACUGAAGCCAUUAUAAUUUGUCAUAACUUCAGCUUUUGGAUUUUUUCUUUUGCCAUUUUUACAUUAAUGCCAGCUUGCUGUGUAUAAUUAUUACAGGUUUGCUUGUACUUUAAUUUUUAUUUGCAAUGGUAAUCAUCAAGUCUGUCGUCACUGUAAUGCCUUAACCUGUUUAAAAGCUGUCUAUAACUGGAUUAUUAAUUUGCAUUUACUUGCAUUAAUUUGCAUUAUCUUCAUAUUUUAAUUUGUAUGUUAUUUUUUAUAUAAACAUGGAUUAAAAGGUUCACCCAGCAAUAUUUAGGAAGUGUAGUGGUAACAGACACUAUUUAAAAAAUACACAAUAUACUUUCAUUUUUGUUACUUUCAAGAACAAGGAAGUACCUAGAGAAAUGUUCCCGAAGAAUAGCAUUUUCCAUAUUGCAGAUAGAUUAUAUUAAACUUAUUUUGGGAAACUUGGUUAAUCAUCUGUGAACGCAAUAAAUAUAAUGAGUAAUCACUCAAAGGAUGUAUUUAGAAACGAGGAACUGCAGAUGCUGGUUUACAGCAAAAGACACACAAAGUGCUGAAGUAAUUCAGUGGGUCAGGCUGAGAACAUGGAUAGGUGAUGUUUUGGGUCGGGACCCUUCUGCAGACUGGUUGGAGGUCUGCAUAAAGGGCGCUGACUCAACGCCAUCUACUCAUGCUCUCCAGGGAUACUGCCUGACCCGCUCAGUUACUCCAGCACUUUGUGUCAAAGGAUGUUUAGUGAUAUCUUGUGAACUUAUAGUGAUAUCUUGUAAAAUUGGAAAAAUGCAAAAAGACACUUUCUGCAACAACAAAAAAUGAAAGACGUUAACUAUUGAAACUGAGCUGCAUUGAAACAAAGGAUACUCACAAAGUACAAAUUGCAGAUAACCGUCAAUGCAUGUCUGCUUGCAACUCACAAUGAGCUGCUUAUUUUUGCAUGCAGUGAUGAUGCAGUAAUUAACUUACAGAACAAAUAAAUCUGCGGUCAAAUCCUGCUCAUCAAAGUAAUUUGGAAUUGGGGAAAAAAACAAUCAGCCUUGGCAACAAAGUUCGGGUGAUCGCCAUAAAAUCCCAUCUGGUUCUCUAAUGAUCUUGGGGGAGGGGAGAUGGGGAAGGUGGCUAGCAAUUCAGUUGGAUACACUGCCACUGAAAGAGAGACAGAAUAAAACUCAAUGACUCGCCCACCUUUCACAUGAAUAUCAAAUUUAGAUACAAAGUUAGUUGUAGCCCAGAAUAUGUUUCUUUGAUGAUAGUUCCGUGUUCAACUCUGUCAUCGCCUCUAAAUUUAUCAAAACUUAAGAGUACUGGGUCCCUCUUCUUCCUUGACUUCCUCACCAGCAGACCCCAAUUACUACUAAUUUGCAAAAUGUUCUCCUCAUUAAUCAUCAUAUGCUUGAAGCUGUAAGCUUAGUCCCCUGCUCUACUCUAUACACUUGACUGUAGCAAGACAUAACUCCAUUGCCAUCUUUUAUAUUUGCUGACGAUACCACAGUUGUUGGCUGAACAUUGGGUAAUAAUGAGUCCGAAUAGCGGAGGGAGAUCGAUAAUCUGAAUGAAUGGUGCCAGAACAACACUUUUGCUCACAACGUUAGCAAGACUAAAUAAUGGAUCGUUGACUUCAGGAGGGGAAAUCUGAGUAUUCACGAUCAUUGAUAGGACGGUGGUGGAGAGACGUAACAGCUUCAAGUUCCUGGGCGUGCAUAUCGCUGCAGAUCUAGGCCCAGCACUUGAAUGCAAUCACAAAGAAUAUUCAUUAACACCUCUACUUCCUGAGACGGUUGAGGAAAUUUGGUAUGAAUACUCUAUCGUACCUCUGCAGGUGUAUUGUAGAGAGCAUAAUGACUGGUUGCAUCACGCCCUGGUUCAGGAACCCGAAUGCUCAGGAAUGGUGAUUAUAAUAAAGUUUUGGACACUGUUCAGUCAAUCACGGGUACCUUCCUCCCACAAUUGAAAGGAUCUAUUGGAGGUGCAGCCUCAUAAAGGCAGCCAA